GCUGCCUGUCCUGGCGGCUCACCCAAGCGGACUCACUGAGCGACGCGGGCGGGCUAUGACCCCAGGGGCGCUGCUGCUGCUGCUGCUGGGGGCGUUGGGGGCACCAUUCGCCCCGGGCGCCCGCGGCUCGGAGGCGGAGGGCCGACUCCGCGAGAAACUUUUCUCGGGCUAUGAUAGCUCGGUGAGGCCGGCGCGGGAGGUGGGAGACCGUGUCGGGGUCAGCAUUGGUCUCAGUCUCGCGCAAUUAAUCAGCCUGAACGAGAAGGAUGAGGAGAUGAGCACAAAGGUCUACUUAGAUCUGGAGUGGACUGACUACAGGCUGAGCUGGGACCCUGAGGAGCACGAGGGCAUCGAUUCACUCCGCAUCACUGCGGAAUCCGUGUGGCUACCAGACGUGGUGCUCCUAAACAACAACGACGGAAAUUUUGAUGUUGCUCUGGACAUCAGCGUCGUGGUGUCCUCCGACGGCUCCGUGCGCUGGCAGCCCCCGGGCAUCUAUCGCAGCAGCUGCAGCAUCCAGGUCACGUACUUCCCCUUUGACUGGCAGAACUGCACCAUGGUGUUCAGUUCCUAUAGCUACGACAGCUCAGAAGUCAGUCUGCACACUGGCUUGGGUCCCGAUGGGCAGGAGCGGCAGGAAGUGCACAUUCAUGAAGGCACCUUCAUCGAGAAUGGUCAAUGGGAGAUUAUUCACAAGCCUUCUCGGCUAAUCCAGCCUCCAGUGGAUCCUCGGGGAGGCGGGGAAAGACGGCGUGAAGAAGUCACCUUCUACCUCAUCAUUCGCCGGAAGCCUCUCUUUUACCUGGUCAACGUCAUUGCCCCAUGCAUCCUCAUCACUCUUCUGGCCAUCUUCGUCUUCUACCUGCCACCAGAUGCAGGAGAGAAGAUGGGGCUCUCGAUCUUUGCCCUGCUGACCCUUACUGUGUUCCUGCUGCUGCUGGCAGACAAAGUGCCUGAGACCUCCCUGUCUGUCCCCAUCAUUAUCAAAUACCUCAUGUUUACCAUGGUCCUCGUCACCUUCUCGGUCAUCCUUAGCGUCGUGGUCCUCAACCUGCACCAUCGCUCACCCCACACCCACCAAAUGCCCCUUUGGGUCCGUCAGAUCUUUAUCCACAAACUCCCACUGUAUCUGGGUCUGAAGAGACCCAAACCUGAGAGAGACCAGAUACCGGAGCCACCUCCUAUACCUCUCAGGGAUUCUCCAGGAAGUGGCUGGGGUCGGGGAACAGAUGAAUAUUUCAUCCGCAAGCCACCAAAUGAUUUUCUCUUCCCCAAACCCAACAGGUUCCAGCCUGAACUGUCUGCCCCGGACCUGCGGCGAUUUAUCGAUGGUCCAAACCGGGCUGUGGGCCUGCCUCCCGAGCUACGGGAGGUCGUUUCCUCAAUCAGCUAUAUCGCUCAACAGCUGCAGGAACAGGAGGACCACGACGCGCUGAAGGAGGACUGGCAGUUUGUGGCCAUGGUGGUGGACCGCCUCUUCCUGUGGACCUUCAUUAUCUUCACGAGUGUCGGGACCCUCGUCAUCUUUCUGGACGCCACGUACCACUUGCCCCCUCCCGACCCCUUUCCUUGAGGAGGAGAGGGCCGAGACCGAGGUCCUCGGCCAGUUGAAUUGAGAGUUUGGUAGUACUCUCAAGCCCUAUCCCUUUCUG